AGAACAUUUUAAAACCAACUGGGUACGGUCGUACGGUUGUCUCCCUGCUCGUUGCCUGUGACCUGUAUUCUCAGAGUUUACCGAGCUUGAGCUUCAUUAGUAUCUACCGCUGCGUAGAGUACAGACGUGUCUUACAGUGACUACUAAGCCUAAGAGUUGUAACUGCUGUGAUCUAUUUUUACCCAGUCAAAUAUUUAUUCUUUGAUAAGCUAUCAUUUGCGAUAUUUCAACUGACUGAAAAUGCCUUCCCAAGAAGAAGUGAAACUUAACGCCAUGCAACGAGUCUGGCAAUGUCGUCGUGGCGGAUCAUCCUCAACUGCUUUCUUUGAGGAAGCCAGUGAAACUGAAGAACUGAUCAACCUACCACUACAACAAAAUGCUUAUACUGAAUCUCAAAGGAACACCUGUGUGGCGCCUUCCCAAGAAGAAGUAAAACUUAACGCCAUGCAACGAGUCUGGCAAUGUCGCCGUGGCGGAUCUUCCUCAACUGCUUUCUUUGAGUCAGCCAAUGAAACUGAAGAGCUGAUCAACCUACCACUACAAAAUUCUUACAGUGAAUCUCAAAGGAACAUCUGUGCAGCGCCUAUAAAACACUUUACUUGUGAUGACAGUGAGACAGACCUUUUGGACUAUCAGGAGCUCGCUGUUAUACCCACCACUCCCAAAGUACCUCAGGUACCUGUAGCUAAAAAAGCUUUGAAAUUAGAUGCCUCGACAAUUGGUGAUCUACCAGCUCAAUACACCAUUUGUGCUCUGGAACCUCACCAGCUUCCUGUUAUCGGGGUGUAUAUUGACAAAAGAAUCGUUCCCGGCUUCAAAUAUUGUGUUAGACCACUUCCAGAAGUCGGCGGACGUUCCACCGCCAACAAAUGCCUCUUUGACGGAAAAGCCCUGACCCUGCAGUCCAUCGGCAGAGGGUACGCCAGAAGAUUCACUUUCGAAGCGGAACAAAACAAACUGAAUGAUAACGACAAUUAUUUCUGGAGCGAUAACAGGCCAGAGGGUUACGCUUUUGAAUUGGAACUCCUUUCCGAAGGGGACAAAUUCACGUUCUUUGGCUUGAACAGAGAGCCCCAGGGAACGGUGGAAGUACUCACGCUAGAGGCACCUCAAACUGAAAUAGCUAACUCAUUAACCAAAUUUGGUAUUGAGAAAAGAGCCACUGUUGAAUUUACAGGUAAAGUUGAGUAUUAUGAGACCGGUGUGGCAAAGCCGAUGCACCUUACCGGAACUGUGGUAUCUCUAAAAACCAAAGGAAAAGCCCGAGCGGAAAUUGUGAAAAUCAUUAAUGUUAGCAUCAAAAAUCAGAGAUGCUUCUUGUUACCUGGAAUGCAAAAGACUCAUAGAAGGGUUACCGUUAGAGGAAAGGAAAUAAAUGAUAUACCAACCAAGUAUACCAUGAGUGGACUGGAAUCCUACGAACUUCCUGUUGUAGGUACCUAUGUAGACCCCAGGAUUAUCCCAGGAUUCUGCUACAAAAUAAGACCAAAUGAUAGAAAGGAUCCUCUUUUCGGAGGACGCGCUUUGAAACUUCUCAGCAUUGGAAUGGGAUAUGCCAAGAGACUGACUUUCCAACCAGAUUCACUGGUUGAACCGGAUAACUACCUUUGGUCAGACAGUCAUCCCGAUGGACUAGGGUUGGAACCAAGAGCGGUUCAUAAAGGAAUGAAAUUCGUGAUCAAGGCUGACGAUAUGAUUCUUGGAGAGGCAGAUGUAUUCAGAGACGAUAAUCCUCAGUUCGAAGAACAUAUGGAGAAGAUACAAACACCUAAUGGAAUUGCAAUCCAGAAAUAUAUCCACAUAGACGUUAUAUGUCAUGUUCAUCUUGCUAGAAUAGGAGGCGCAUCAACUGAAAAUGAUGAAUGUCUUAUGAGGGUUUCCGGUAUGGCUGUCCUGAGGAAGGAACCGAGAGCAGCUGAGGGGAAAGUUAUCAAAAUAGAGAAUGUGGGUUUAGAUUCCCAAUUGCUGCUGCUCUUCAUGCAAACCCACACCGAACUAACAUUCAUUCCAAAAGAAUACUGAGAGUUUUGUUUACCUUUAGACUGUUUUAAAUUCAUUCAAGAAUAUAUUUAUAUCAUACUUUCGAAAAGACUUGAUAGAUAUAGGUUUUUUUAUGUUUUAGGCAAAGUUGGAAAUGUUGAUCUAUGUUAUUUAAUCUGUACUUUUAGUUCUAAGGAAGAAAUGGUUGAAAUUUCCUCAAUUUUUUUGCAAGAUGGUUCAACUGAAAAUAAACUCUUUUUUUAA